GGGGUGGGGAGGGGGGGAGGCCGGCCUCGUGCCCGCGUCCCCUAACGAGGGGCCAGGGGGCGAGGCUGCCGGGUCCCCCCUUCCGCCCGUCCCCCGGGGGUGCAGGAGCCAGAGUCUCGGCUGCGGCGGCCUCACUGCCAACACCACCCUCCCGCCGGCCCCGCCCGCGCGAGCCCGCCCGCGCCGCCGCCCCCGCCGAUGGAGGAGGUACGAAUGGCGCGACCGGCCCGCCGCGGGCCGUCGGCGGCUGCCCGGUGCCUGCAAGCCCCGGAGGACUCCGUGGGACCCGCAGAUGGGGAGAGGCUCGCAGGCCCCGGGGAGAUGGCGCCUGCACGCCCUUCGGCCUCCUCCUCCUCCUCCCGGGACUCGCCGAGCCCCCGCGCAGCCAAUCGGCUAGGAGACAUGGCGGGCGGCCCCUUCGCCUGGGCGCUCUGCGGCACUCUGCCGGGCCAUGGACGCCGUGGAAGUGGAGCUCGUGACGUCACCCUUUAAGCGGACCAAUAGGAAAAGCUCCCGCGAAGAGGCGGUCCUGCCUCCUAGGCUUCGCCUCUUCACGCGCGUGAGCGAGCGAGCACGCGCAGAGGGGGCGGGGGCAGUCGCGAGCAGGGUGGCGCGCAUGAGCAGCAAAGCUCCGCCCCUCCGGCUAUAUAUAAAGCGCUGGCGCGGGGCUCGGCGGCGCCAUUUCGUGCUGGAGUGGAGCAGCCUCUAGGACGAGCUGGAGGAGCCUGCCUAGCGAUCAGAGCCUUCGGGGGCCGCCAAUACAAUCCACGUCCAUCCGCUUGGAAAUGGCCUCCGUCUCCGCCUAUGGCCGGCCCCGGCGGACAGUGCAGACCCCAUAGAAGCCCCUGCAGCUCCCCUUUUCCGGGCCCCGCCCAGUUCUCGGAGUCCGUCCACCCUCUACUCCGCCCUCAAGAGGAUUUCAAAGAUGGAGGCGGCGGCUCUCUGAAACCCCUUUUGGUGUUCAUCCGCCCCCAUCGGAGAUCUGACGCGGUUUUCGUUGCCCCCGGCGGCCGGGGCAGGAAGCGGGGACCCCUGUAGACCGGCGGCGGGCGGAAUUGACGACGGAGUCCAGGAUCGGGCACGGUCGGGGUUUGCAGACGACGUUCUCCCGUGGCUCGCCGGCCGGCAGAGGCCGCCGCCAUUUUCCUGCUGUCGCCGCCUGCGGAGCGCGCCAAGCUGCCGGCGUCGUGCGGAGGGCGGCGCAGGAGACCGCGUUCGCGCCGGCCCGCGGCGAGGCCGCCGUCUGGAGGGCCAAGGGCAGCGGCCUCACCCCCCACUCCCCGGGUUAUGCCUGGCCCGGCGGUGAGGGGAGCCGAGGCCACCCGGACUGGACGCAGCUGAGCGGCGGCGGCGGUUCCCCGAGGUCAAGAUGCUGCAGAACGUGACUCCCCACAAGCUCCCUGGGGAAGGGAAUGCAGGGUUACUGGGGCUGGGCCCAGAGGCAGCAGCACCAGGGAAAAGGAUUCGAAAGCCUUCUUUGUUGUAUGAGGGAUUCGAGAGCCCCACAAUGGCUUCUGUACCAGCUUUACAACUGACCCCCGCCAACCCACCACCCCCUGAGGUGUCCAAUCCUAAAAAGCCAGGACGGGUGACGAACCAGCUGCAGUACCUGCACAAGGUGGUGAUGAAGGCGCUCUGGAAGCACCAGUUUGCAUGGCCGUUCCGGCAGCCUGUGGAUGCUGUGAAGCUGGGUCUGCCGAUUCCCACCCCUGGUUGGGAGAGGACCACGGUGGCCAAAAUUCUUAGCUUCUUCCUUUCCCUCAUGCAGCCCAUGGAUAGCCAUCCCCAGAGGAUUAUCACAAAAUUAUAAAACAGCCUAUGGACAUGGGUACUAUCAAGAGGAGACUUGAAAACAACUACUACUGGGCUGCCUCGGAAUGUAUGCAAGACUUUAAUACAAUGUUUACCAACUGUUAUAUUUAUAACAAGCCCACCGAUGACAUUGUCCUCAUGGCUCAGACACUGGAAAAGAUCUUCUUACAGAAAGUGGCCUCAAUGCCACAAGAGGAACAAGAGCUUGUGGUGACCAUCCCUAAAAACAGCCAUAAGAAGGGGGCCAAGUUAGCAGCACUCCAGGGCAGUAUUACCAGUGCCCAUCAGGUGCCUGCUGUUUCUUCUGUGUCUCAUACAGCCCUGUAUACACCACCGCCUGAAAUACCCACCACUGUCCUCAACAUUCCCCACCCAUCGGUCAUCUCUUCUCCCCUUCUUAAGUCCCUGCACUCUGCUGGACCCCCGCUCCUCGCUGUGUCAGCCGCUCCUCCAGCUCAGCCCCUUGCCAAGAAAAAAGGCGUUAAACGGAAAGCAGACACCACCACCCCCACACCGACAGCCAUCCUGGCUCCUGGCUCCCCAGCCAGUCCUCCUGGGAGUCUUGAGCCCAAGGCAGCACGGCUUCCUCCUAUGCGCAGAGAGAGCGGCCGCCCGAUCAAACCCCCGCGGAAGGACUUGCCUGACUCGCAGCAGCAACACCAGAGCUCUAAGAAAGGGAAACUGUCGGAGCAGCUGAAGCACUGCAACGGCAUUCUGAAGGAGCUGCUCUCUAAGAAGCACGCUGCCUACGCCUGGCCUUUCUAUAAGCCAGUGGACGCUUCUGCUCUGGGCCUUCACGAUUACCAUGACAUCAUCAAGCACCCCAUGGACCUCAGCACUGUCAAGCGGAAGAUGGAGAAUCGCGACUACCGGGACGCACAGGAGUUCGCUGCUGAUGUGCGGCUCAUGUUCUCCAACUGCUACAAGUACAAUCCUCCUGACCACGAUGUUGUGGCCAUGGCACGCAAGUUACAGGAUGUGUUUGAGUUCCGCUAUGCCAAGAUGCCAGAUGAGCCACUGGAACCAGGGCCUUUGCCAGUCUCUACCGCCUUGCCUCCUGGGUUGGCCAAAUCAUCUUCAGAGUCCUCAAGUGAGGGAAGUAGCAGCGAGAGUUCCUCUGAGGAAGAGGAGGAGGAGGAUGAGGAAGAUGAAGAGGAGGAGAGUGAAAGCUCAGACUCUGAGGAGGAGAGGGCUCAUCGCCUGGCAGAGCUGCAGGAACAGCUUCGGGCAGUACACGAACAACUGGCUGCCCUAUCCCAGGGCCCAAUAUCUAAGCCCAAGCGGAAGAGAGAGAAAAAGGAAAAGAAGAAGAAAAGGAAGGCAGAGAAACAUCGGGGUCGAGUUGGGAUCGAUGAAGAUGAUAAGGGGCCUCGGGCACCUCGCACACUUCAGCCCAAGAAAUCGAAGAAAGCGGGUGGGGGUGCCAGUGCUGCUGUGCUAGGCCACCCUGGCUUUGGAACUUCAGGAGGAAGUAGCAACAAGCUGCCUAAAAAGGCCCAGAAGGCAGCCCCACCUGUCCUGCCCGUGGGUUACGACUCAGAGGAGGAAGAAGAAAGCAGGCCCAUGAGUUACGAUGAAAAGAGGCAGUUAAGCCUGGAUAUCAAUAAAUUACCUGGGGAGAAGCUGGGUCGAGUUGUACAUAUCAUCCAAGCCAGGGAACCCUCUUUACGUGACUCCAAUCCAGAGGAAAUCGAGAUUGAUUUUGAAACACUCAAGCCAUCCACACUUAGAGAGCUUGAGCGAUACGUUUUAUCCUGCCUUCGAAAGAAACCACGGAAGCCCUAUACUAUUAAGAAACCUGUGGGGAAGACAAAGGAAGAGCUAGCUCUGGAGAAGAAGCGGGAACUAGAGAAGCGGUUGCAAGACGUCAGUGGACAGCUUAACUCCACCAAAAAACCUCCCAAGAAAGCGAGUGAGAAAACAGAGUCAUCUGCACAGCAAGUCGCCGUGUCCCGGCUCAGCGCUUCCAGCUCCAGCUCCGACUCCAGCUCCUCGUCCUCAUCCUCCUCAUCUUCAGACACCAGCGAUUCAGACUCGGGCUAAGGGGCCAGGCCAGAUGGGGCAGGAAGGCUCCGCAGGACCGGACCCCUGUACCACCCUUCCCCACCUCUUCCCCCUUGCUGUGACACUUGUUCAUCUCACCCCCCUCCAUAGGAGAGCUGGCUCUACAGUGGGGAGGAAUGAAUGCAGGGACAUGGACAAGACAAGACUGACUGCCGAGCCCUGUUGGGAACCACCUCUGGGGUGUAGUGUCCCUGUUCAGGAUGAUGGGGUGGGGCAAGGGUAUGGGUGGGAGUGGGCAUAGGCCUGGCACAAGGCCACCUGAGGCCGUAGCUGUCCUGUUCACUUCUAAGGGCCCUGUUUUGAGGUUUUAAUUUAUUUAAGCUAGGUAAGGCUGUGAGGGGGAGCACUGCGGCCCUCCCUCCAGCCUCCAUGGGGAGGGAAGAAGAGGGAGCUCCUUUUUUUACGUUGACUUUUUUUUCUACUCUUCCCUUUUCCUUCCACUCCAUUUGGGGCCUGGGGAUUUUAGUCACCUCUCCAUUUGGCCUCCCGGACUAUCUUUUCUUUCUCUUGAUUCUAACUUGUAAAUAAAGAAAAUAUUAUUGAAGUUUUGAGUUA